AUGGCUAUCGAAGUCGUCCUCCCCGGAGAGGAGCUACCUGGAUCGUUGCUAGAGCAAACCCAGAACCACAAGAGACCCCUCACGCUUGGCCCUGGCCUACGUCACAUUCCGCCGUCGACCAUCACCACCACCGUCGCCGGCUCCCUCAGCAUUGAUAGCCGCAAGAAUGCCGUCUGGGUUGAGCGCAACGGCGGUCGCUACGUGCCCACUCAAAACGACCUCGUAGUCGCAACAGUUCACCACUCGUCGGUCGAAAUGUACGCUUGCACGAUAACACCUUACACUCCCCAAGCCACCCUGCCGCAUCUCGCAUUCGAAGGCGCUACGAAAAAGACCCGCCCGCAGCUUGCGCCCGGCGCCCUUGUCUACGCCCGCGUCAGCGCUGCCAGUAAGCACAUGGAGCCGGAGUUGGAGUGUGUGUCGGCAACGACGGGGAGGUCGGACGGAUUAGGUCCACUCAAGGGAGGGAUGCUCUUCGAGAUCAGUUUGGGUAUGGCAAGAAGGUUAUUGAUGCCCACGGGAAAGAAAGAUGCAGGCGAAGGCGGUCCGGGGAAGGUUAUCGUACUGGACGAGCUGGCAGAGAGGGUCCGAUUCGAGAUUGCGGUCGGCAGGAAUGGAAGAGUGUGGGUCAGCAGCGAGGAGGGGGGUGUCAAGGUUGUCCUGGCGGUGGGGAAGGCGCUUACGGAAACCGAUGAAAAGGGCCUGGGCGUCGAAGGCCAGAGAGAUUUGGUUGCAAAGCUGUUGAAGGGGCUGUAG